AUGGAGAAGAAGGGGACAGGGACACCUCUGCCCACGACACACAUGAAAGGAAGCCUCAAGCCCACACUGGCCCUGACCACCCUAAGUGCAUCCUUUGGCUCAGCCUUCCAGUAUGGCUACAACAUCUCUGUGAUCAACACACCUCACAAGGUCUUCAAGUCGUUUUAUAAUGACACGUACUUUGAGAGGCACGGAAAGUCCAUGGACGAGAAUUCCCUGCUACUCCUGUGGUCUUGCACGGUCUCCAUGUUCCCUCUGGGAGGCUUGUUGGGGUCCUUGAUUGUUGGCCUAAUGGUCAAUAAGUGGGGCAGAAAAGGGACACUGCUGAUCAACAAUGUCUUCGCUGUGACCCCUGCCAUCCUGAUGGGAGUCAGCAAAGUGGCCCGGGCCUUUGAGCUGAUCAUCUUCUCUCGAGUGCUGGUGGGAAUCUGUGCAGGCAUCUCCUAUAGCGCCCUCCCCAUGUACCUCGGAGAACUGGCUCCCAAGAACCUGAGGGGUGCCAUAGCAACAAUGACCGAGGUAUUUGUCAUCGUUGGCAUCCUCCUGGCACAGAUCUUCAGUCUGCAGGCCAUCCUGGGCAAUGCCACAGGUUGGCCAAUCCUCUUGGCUCUCACGGGGGUCCCUGCACUGAUUCAGCUUCUCUCGCUGCCUUUCUUCCCCGAGAGCCCCCGUUACACUCUGAUUGAGAAAGGGGACGAAGAGACAGCAAGGCGAGCCCUACGGAGGCUGCGAGGCUGCAACUAUGACGUGGAGGCCGAGAUGGAAGAAAUGCGUGAGGAGGAACGCAAGGAGCAAGCGGAGGGUCGCCUGUCCGUGCUCAACCUCUUCACCUUCCGGCCCCUGCGCUGGCAGCUCAUCUCCAUCAUCGUGCUCAUGGCCGGCCAGCAGCUGUCCGGAAUCAACGCGGUCAACUACUAUGCAGAUAUCAUCUACACCUCGGCUGGUGUGGACCCCACCCAGUCCCAGUACGUGACAGUGGGCUCUGGAGUAAUCAACUUGGUGAUGACUAUCGUCUCGGCAGUUGCCGUGGAGCGUCUGGGGCGGCGGAUUCUCCUGCUGUCUGGCUAUGGCAUCUGUGGCUCUGCCUGUGUGGUACUGACUGUGGCACUCCUCCUUCAGAGCACAGUCCCUGAGCUGUCUUACCUCGGCAUCAUCUGUGUCUUCGCCUACAUCGUGGGACAUUCCAUAGGGCCCAGUCCUGUCCCCUCAGUGGUAAGGACAGAGAUUGUCCUGCAGUCCUCUCGGACAGCUGCAUUCACAGUAGAUGGGGCUGUGCACUGGAUCUUCAACUUCAUCGUGGGCUUGGCAUUCCCAUCCAUACAGGUGGCCAUCGGGGCGUACAGUUUUCUCGUCUUUACCACACUCUGCCUCCUCACCGCUGCUUACAUCUAUGUGGUAAUUCCUGAGACCAAGGGCAAGACAUUUGUGGAGAUUAACUGUGCUUUUGCCAAGAGAAAUGGAGUGGAGUUCCCAGAAGGGAGUCAAGUGACGAUAGCCAAGAUGGCCGAGCCUCACACACCCUCUCUCCCUGCCCAGCAAACGGCCUUUUGAUGGCUCUGCAGACCCUCGCGGACUCUGGCUUCCUUCUUUGAGAAGGACA